AUGCAACAGCCAACAGACCAGAAAGGCAAAGAGGGCUCAAAAGUUGUCUUUAAUUGCGAAGCAAGAGGAAAGAAAAAAAUAACUUAUCAGUGGCUCAAAGAUAAGUUAAGGCUACCAGAACAAACAAAUUCAAGCCUUGUUUUUGACUCAGUUAAGCCACGUGACUUUGGAUGCUAUUCUUGUGAAGUCAGGUGUUCUGAUGGCCAGAACAAGUCUGAGCCUGUGAAGCUGCUGUCUCGCGUGGCAGAACUAGACGUUUUACCUCGUGAAGGAAUGAGUAAGUAUCACGCAUGCAUCGGUUCUCUUCUGACAGCCCAGUAAUAAUUAGUUCUUUGUCUUGAUUGCAUAUGCAGAUUUCAAAAGAACUUUUACCCUGAAACGAGUCUUGAGGGCCAAUUAUUGUGAAGACAGAAGUAGUCACUAAAUUGGCCACCAUUUUAGAAUAGGGUGCAUGUAUGCUUGUUAACGUGAAUUUGCAUCUUAACUAUUUCUGGGCCGAUGUGUAAUGAAAGAACCCUGAAAAGUGGUGGUGGGUGGGGGAGGGGGGAGGAAAAGAAACUAUUGUUUAAACUUAAACUUAAACUUGAGUGCGCACAGAACUUCAGAGCUUUGAACCCCUGAGAAAUUCGCCCCUGAAUGUAUUAAUUAAUUAUCUCCAAUAUCCCUUGCGUCCAAUUAAAGCACACCCCUACUUUGUCCUUUGUAAAGGCCUCGUCUUUUUUUUCUCUCCUCGCCGCGACUCACAUUAAAACAGAACCCAGUCGUUCAAAAGGGAGAUAACUCUAUCCACCAGAUUUAAGUCUUUCCAAGAGAGGAUAAUUGGUCUUUCUUAAUCUCUUAUCUUUCCAGGGGAUAACGCAUUUGAUUUCCUAUCACUUAUCCUCUGGAUAGUAAUUUAUCCGGUGGAUAGCAAGCAGAGCCAGGUCUUGGGAAAGAUAUGUUGUCAUUGCCAGAGGCAAAAUUUAAUUGGUCUAACUGCCACUCAAAGAAUCUCACUUCUUUAGCUCGAUUUCUAUGAUUAUAGUGGUUCUGAUAGUAAUUUAUCCGGUUGAUUGCGUUAUUUACCUUUUGAACAACUUGGGCCAGUUAUAUUCAGGUAACCGGGAUCGGCCCAAUUCACGGAAAAAGCCGCGUUGCAUCGAUCCUCUGACUUCAGAUAACAGGAGCCUCCUGCAGAUAACCUAGUCUACGUAGCAAACGUUUCCGCGUGGUUUCGGAGCAAAGAAAGACCGAGGAACUACUAAGAACGGGAUUUUCGGUUUUGGUCGCUCAAAAAAUGAAAGAGGGUAGGGGAAGCAGGGAAAACUUUCCUCUUUUUCCUUUCUUCUACACCCCUCCCCGCUCUUUUACUCGCCCCAUUCUUCGCGCGGUCUCUUAGACAAACUACAAACUGCUCUCUUAAUUUUUUUUGGGCUUUUAGGAUUCAAGUAUCUAACUGAAGUAUUUCAAGAUAAUCUGCAGAUUCUAGAGAGUGUUGCAAAACGGCUCCAAACGAAAGUUCCCGACGCAGGGGGGUGGAAGCAAGUUGCCCACAAGUAUGGAAUGGCAGAGGAGACUAGAGAUUCUUUAGAAGGAUCCCAAGAAAGAGGGGAAAGUGUAAUCGGCUAUCUUAAGACCGCCCACCCACAGUUAACUGUGUACGAAUUUUGCAAAUACCUCAAGGAUAUCAAGCGAAAUGAUAUCAUCAUAGCACUGUCAGACCAUUUUUUUUCAGUUGCGAAUUAG